GACACAGUGGAUUAGGUAUCUCCCCCCAUGGAGUCUAGACGCUGGUGGUGGUGGUGGUGGUGGUGAUGAAAUGAGAUGAAAAGAGCUGAGGAUCUGGAUGUUAAGAGGAGUGGGCUUUUGAUGAGCUUGUCCUGUCAGAGCAUAUGAUGACAGCAAGCCAAGCUGAUUUUGUGACACACAGAAUUACAAUCAUACGAGACAAUAGGUAUGAAUAACAAGCAAAAAGGCAGCAAUGACAGAAUAAUUGCCUUUAUUAAUAUGACUUAACAUGACUUGGAUUUGGUGAAAACUCUGGUUCUCUGUCCAAUCAGGUGAUGCUGGUUUAUCCUGGUGAGGCCAUCUCAGUGUUGAAAAGGCUGACCAGAGAACAUCCUGACAGGGUUUACUUCAGGAGCCUACAGGCUCACUCUCUGAAACUACUGUCUGUAAUGUCUGCCUGCGUCCAACCCAGCAGCCGCUGUGCAACUACACUGACCUCCGUACAGGCGAGCCUUGGUUCUUCUACAAGCCAAAGAACCUGAGCUGUGAUGCCAGAAUCAGCCACACCAUGAAAGGAAAAGGUGGCUUCACCAUGGCCAAUGAGAGGAAGCUCUUUUGGAGGGGUGUCAACUUAAAAGUCUACAUUCAGGCCUCAGGACCUGGCAAUGUCACUGUGUUGCCAAAAAAAGAAAGGUCAACCAGAGGUGAAGAGUAGCAGUGUGACAUCUGGACCCUCUGGCUAUUACUACCAGGGUGCAUGGCGAGCGCUAGAUGGAACAACAGUUCAACAGUUCAACAUCUAUAACAUCACUAAGUGUCUGAAAGGGAAGAAAGUCCACCUGUAUGGAGACUCCACCAUCAGGCAGUGGAAUGAAUUCCUCAUCCAAAACCUACCAGGUCUUAAGGAGUUUGACCUACAUGGCCGGUCAAAAUUUGAACCUUUCAUAGGCAUAGACAACGCAAACAAUAUCAUGGUGACGUUCAAGUUCCACGGCCCUCCUUUAGUCAGUCAUGCCACGGUACCACCUACCGCACUACCUUACACUGCCAAUGAAAUAGACCGCUUAACCGGAGGCACCAAUACCAUCAUAAUUAUUGGCAUCUGGGCUCACAUUACACCUCUCCCCAUAGAGCUCUACAUCCGGCAGCUGCAGGGCAUUCGCAGGGCAGUGGUGCGGCUGCUGACCAGGGCUCCAGGGACAGUGGUUAUCAUCCGGACAGGAAACCCCAGAGCUUUGACAUUUGAUCUUUCGCUAAUCUUCAGUGACUGGUACUCACUUCAGCAUUACAAGGUGCUCAGAGCCAUGUUUAAAGGAAUGGAUGUUCAUCUGAUCGAUGCCUGGUCGAUGGUCCUGGCCCACCACCUGCCACACAACAUCCACCCACUACCUCCCAUUAUUAAAAACAUGGUUGAUGUUCUUUUGUCCCAUGUGUGCCCUCAAAAAGGCAGCUAGGUGUGUGUUUGCUUGGGGAAAGGAGUGUAGAUUUAAGCAUACACUGAGUUUACAUAUUGUCUCUGUUUUUACUAAGUGCUACAGUCCAUGCACAAACUAGACUAACUACACUGUUGGUAUGUUAUGUUAUAAUAACAAUGUUUAAAAAUGUAUUUAUGACAACAGUCUUAAUGAUACACGAUAUCUACCUAUAAUGCAACAGUCACAUAUUAAUUAAUUUUUCCCUCAAGACAUAUGAAUUUGUAUUACAGCUUUAAAAAACUAAAACAGAGUAUUUUAAUCAUAACAGUAAAACAAAAACAACAAGUGGCAGUCCCGGGUCUGCUCCCUUCAACAGAAGAAGGAGGCUCACUUGCCCAAUAUCAAAGCAGCAUGCAACAGCAAGUGGUUUUCAAGCUUCACAAAGCUGACCAUAGUCACUUUAGCUGGGUGAAUGUUGUCUAAAGGAGUGUGACCAACCACACAUGUUUGAUCUUUACAUCACAUGCAGCAUUUCAGUAAAUGCACAUUCAGAGUGCAGACGUGAACAAAACUCAGUGGAUACAUGCAGGGCACAAUGCAGGAUGUGUUGAGGAUUGUUGUGGAGCUGAUUAAAGUUAGAGAGAGGACUAGGAUGUUUAAUUGCUAUAAACAUCAAGUUCUGUGUGGAUCAAAUGUUUAAUAAAUUUAUGUGUGAGUUA